AUGCGGGAGGUCAAUUUCAGCAUCCCGAAUGUCAAUAAGGCCUCCGUCAACAUUACGACCACGCUCUACGAUCGGCGUGCUCUCGAUUGUACAUCCACCCUCCCGCUUGUCAACUCACUCAACCAUCUAGCUUACCUCACAACUUCAUCCGCCCGCAUUCGCGACAUCCUCACCAUCGAUGGCGGUGUUGAACGCCUGGUAGGCAUCCUCAAGGAGGGCCGCACCAAGGAUCUGAUGGAUUGUUGGAAGUGGAGCCUCGCUUUUCAAUGUGUUGUUAACAUCGGAGUGAGAGGCUCGGAGACUGUGCGAACCCGAGUGGUCGAGGCCGAUAUCGUACCAGUGGUCGCGACCGUGCUAGACAACUAUAUCAAGAUGAUCGAGAAGGCUCGCGCCCGAGUUGAGAACGAGAGUAGUCGGCACUCGUCCAGAAAUCCCCUCAAGGCUAUCCACGGGCCCACCGCCAGUCUUCCCACUCGUCCGCUCUACGUCGACCAGUCUACAAACACCGAACACCGUCCAUCCCGUCGCCAGGCGCCGCCUCCUCACAUCGAAAUCCCUCCUCACUACCAGGCGAACAAUACAGAUACGAAUGCUAUGGACAUAGCGUCUUCCCCUCGUGCGCCCAUGGCCACUCUUCCAGAGCGACGCAGCCUCGCGAUCGAGGAUAACCCUCGCCAUGCUCAUAAUGCUCACCGCCACCUUGUGAUGCAGCCUCUGUCCACCGCGGCGGCUAUGGACACUGCCGACGGCUUUGGCUUGCGCCCGGUGCGUGACGCCGAGAGACUUCCUAGCAUGCUUCCAGGCCUACAGAACGGGCUAAUCUCUCAGCCUAACUCCCCUACCACCCCCAGUGGUCCUUCGCAGUUGCGAAGCCAUAUUCACCCGCACGGGCUACGGUCACGUCCCACUCUGUUGCAGCAACAAUCAGCUUCGGGUGAUUCCGACAUUGCCAAUGGUGAGGAAUCCACCGUCGGCUCCACCGUCGGCUCUGGACAUAGUUCCGCGAUGGGUGACGAAGUGGGAAGCGAGAUUACCGACCCGAUGAUCGGCAUGGAGAACCGGAUGGAGAUAGAUGAUGUUGGCGAUAGACAAUCCGUGCUGGGGGAAGUCUCGAAUGCCCAUGAUUUGACCGUCAACGACUCGUCGGAAGGACAAGAAGUCGACACAUUCAAUAUCGCCCAUCGGUCGGCUGUUGAUCGGAGCAUGAUCGAGAAUAAUGAGGCGCAGACGAAUGGCCCCUCGGCGUUAUCACCUACCCAGGCUCCUGAAAAUGCCAACUCGCCUGUUACUGUCCCGACUCCCUAUUCGUCAUACAUCCGCGAUCGUCUCACUCACCAGACUACGACGACGACUAUGCCCCGCGACGAUGAUGUCUUGAUGGCUCUUCAGCUCCUAGCAUAUGUCUCCAAGUAUUGCAGUCUCCGUUCUUACUUUCACAACACCCACUUCGUCCCCAAGCUUCGGGUCGAUCGUGAGCUGAAGGUUCUCGAUGGCGGGCUGUCUCCCGUUGAACCUCUCGAUGAUGAGGACGAGGAGUAUCUGCAGCCGGACGAUGUCAACAUCUUCCCUCUGGUGGAGCACUUCACCAUCCGUCAUCACUCGAAGGAUAUGCAAUAUUGGGCCUGCGUGGUCAUGAGGAAUCUCUGCCGCAAGGAUGAGGCCCAGGGUGGCAUCCGGCAAUGCGCCUACUGGAAAUGCGGCAAGUGGGAAGAAUAUCAGCGGCAGUUUGCCAAAUGUCGCCGCUGCCGUCGCACCAAGUACUGCAGCAAAGACUGUCAGAAGGCGGCCUGGAUCAGUCAUCGUCAUUGGUGUCACACCAACCCUUGA